AGCUAGUCUCAUAUCAAUCACUUCUCUAAUUUCCCUUUUGUAACCAAAAACUAAAACCACUUCUCCAAUUUAUUGAUUUUUGACAAAGCCAAAACAAGCAAGAUGGAUGAAACUCACAAUAUGUUUUGUAAAGAUGAUCUUGUUAACCCUAUGAGCUCAAUGGGGUUGCAAGUGUCCUGCAUUCUUGUCGUAUCACACUUCUUCAAUGUUCUUUUUAGGACUGUUGGCCAACCUGGACCCAUUGCACAAAUCCUAGCUGGGUUGAUAUUAGGUCCACUAUCUCAUAUACCAUAUAUGAAAAGAAAAUUCUUCCCAGCAAGUUCAAUAAAUUACUAUGAAGUUGUGAGCUUCUUUUGUCGCAUACAUUUCAUGUUUUUAUUUGGUUUGGAGAUGAAUAUUCAUUACACAUUGAGACAUCUACGUUUGGUCACUUUGGUAGCAUGUGGAGGUGCAAUAAUGGGUGGAAUUUUUGGUCUAUCUGGCUCCUUUUACUUGUAUCACAAGUUAAAUAUACAUGCUCCUAUUUAUUAUUUUUGUAUGGUCAUGAUGUUAAUGGUAUCAUACACAAGCUCCCCGAUGGUGAUUCGUUUGUCAGCUGAGUUAAGACUUGCCACAUCAGAUGUUGGUAGAAUCGCGGUGUCUUCAGCGUUGAUCACAGAAAUGGGUUGCUUAUUGUUUUUCAAUGUGAUGGUUACUUGGAAUAAACAAAAUCAAAUAUCUUAUGGUAUUUAUUGUACUAUUACUACAACAAUAGUGAUUCUAAUUAACAAACACUUAGCCGUUUGGUUAAAUUCAAGAGAUAGAAACCAAAAAUACCUAAAUGCCCCUGAGUCAUUACUCAUACUUUUUUUGCUUCUAACUAGCUCAAUGAUUAUAGAAAUUUUGGGUUACAAUAGUAUUAUUAGUUGUUUCAUUAUUGGAUUAUUGUUUCCUAAAGAAGGUAAAACAGCUAGAACAUUGAUACAUAAACUUGGUUAUUCAAUUUACAAUUUUGUCCUUCCAGUAUAUUUUGGAUAUUUGGGUUUACAAUGUGACCUAAUAAAUGUGUUUAGAAGUUUGGAUAGAACAACCAAUGUAGCCAUAUUGAUUUUGUUGAGCAUUGGUAGCAAACUUGGUGGUACUCUUUUGGCUUGUCGUUACCUUCAUAUUUCUACAAAUGAAGGGAUUUUUAUUGGCUUCAUGUUGAACACUAGAGGUUAUGCUGAUUUGUUGUUCUUUGGUGCUGCAGCAAAGCAAGUCAUUAGUGUUGAUACAGAAUCUUACAAUGUGUUGUUAGUAUCAAUAGUAUUCAACACAAUAAUAUCAGGAAUAGUUGUGGCUUCUCUAUCAAAGGGAGACGAUAAAAUGUUUUCAAACAACCAUACUGCAAUUGAACCACAACAAAUGGAGAAUGAGCUUCGGAUUUUGGCUUGCGUAUACGAUCCGCGUCAAGUAUCUACAAUACUUUCAACAAUACUAGCAAUACAUGGAUCUAAAACAUCGCCUUCGAUAACUUAUUUCAUGCAUCUAAUAGAGCUUGUAAAGAAGAUCAAGUCCAACUUGUUAUUUCAUGAAAAAGAAAAUGAUGAACUUAGCGACGAAGAAGAUAGUUUUGGUGGCAAUGAUGUGGUUGACAUUAAUAAUGCCUUAGAUUCUUUCACUGCAGAGACAAAGAUCUUGGUCUACCAAAAAAGAGCUGUAUCUUCUUUUUCAAGUUUGUAUGAAGAUGUGUGCAAUGAAGCAGAAAAUCUUCGAGUAUCGAUUAUUCUUAUUCCUUUUCACAAGCAUCAACGAAUUGAUGGAAAACUCGAAAGUGGCAAAGAUGGUAUAAGGACAACUAAUCAGAAGAUUCUUAGGCACGCCCCUUGUUCGGUUGGUGUUAUUAUAGAAAGAGGACUUACUAUGUCAUUUGGUUUCUCGGAAUUAAUUCAAUCUGAUAACAUGCAAAAUGUGGCAACACUUUUCAUCGGUGGUCCAGAUGAUCGCGAGGCUAUUGCUUGGAGCCUUCGUAUUUCCAAAUGCCCUUGCGUUAACAUGACAAUCAUUAGAUUUUUGUUGUCAUCUUCUCCAUCAGAAAACGAACAAAUUGUCGAACGUAGUGUACAAUACGAGGAAAAAGAAAUUUUAAUGUCAUUGUCCGGGGAAGAAACUGUGAAUGACGAAAUUGACAAUAACUUCAUGGUCGAUUUCUAUAAUCGGUAUGUGGCUUCAGGAAACAUUGGAUAUGUGGAAAAUUUUGUGAAGGAUGGAAAACAAACAUUGGAAUGUUUGAAACAAAUUGGAGACAUAUACUCUUUGUUUAUAGUAGGAAAAGGUAGUAGAAGAAAUAGUUCAAUAACAAUAGGUAUGAGUGAUUGGGAAGAGUGUCCAGAACUUGGAACAGUUGGUGAUGUAUUGGCUUCUUCAGAUUUUGAUAUUCAUGGAUCUGUUUUGGUCAUUCAACAACAUAGAAAUGUCAAGAAAGGAUUAAUACAUUCUUAGUUAUGUAUUCAAGUAUAAUAAGAUUAGCCUUAUUCAUGUAUUUAACUUUAUGGAUAUAAUGUGUAUAGAUGAAAAAAA